AGAGAAAUAUCCAACACAGCGCUAUUCAAUUGAAGUAGAGAGCAGAUAUGGCUAUAGCUUCAGCAGCGCCAUUAAUGGCAAUGAACGGAGCUCUAAAAAUGGCGACAAAUUCACAAUCAUACUUGGAAGUUCAGGAUAACUCAAUUCCUAAACCUCAACAACUUAUCGUCAUCUCCCCUUCAGGGGUGCAGAAGGAAAGGAUGGUGGAAGAGGAUAUGUAUGUGUUAUCUGCACCAUUGGCCACAUCUUACCCGCAUAAGCCUCCCAAGUAUUCUGAUUGUGCUCCUCUGUUUUUAAAGGUACAAUUGAAUCAUCGCUAUCAUGAUGCCACAGUUAAACUUAAUCAGUUCGGACUGGACUGGACAACAACAACUCAUGGUCCUAUUCAUAACUGCAAUGGUGCUUUAGACAGCACUCGAAAUGUCAAGAUGUCUGCAAAAGCAGGUGUUCUUGCUUCAAAUGGUGACAUUGAGCCAUUAAGGCGCUGCAUCGUUUUGGAUAUUGAAGGAACCACAACGCCCAUAUCAUUUGUUACAGACGUUCUUUUUCCUUAUGCUCGUGAUAAUGUGGGGAGGCAUUUGGAUGCAACAUAUGAUUCUGCAGAAACCCAGGAGGAUAUUAAGCUACUAAGAGCCCAAGUACAAGAAGACUUGGAAAAUGGUGUUGCCGGUGCUGUGCCUAUCCCCUCUAAUGAUGCUGGGAAGGAGAAGGUAAUUGCGGCUUUGGUAAAAAAUGUUGAGGCAAUGAUUAAAGCUGACCGAAAAAUUACUGCCUUAAAGGAGUUACAGGGGCAUAUAUGGCAAACGGGAUUUAAAAAUAACGAGUUAGAGGGAGUUGUUUUUGAUGAUGUGCCCGAAGCUCUUGAGAGAUGGGCUGCUUCAGGCAUCAAGGUGUACAUAUACUCAAGUGGCAGCAGAUUGGCACAAAGGCUUUUGUUUGGUUACACAAACUAUGGGGACCUGAGAAAAUAUCUCUGUGGAUUUUUCGAUACAACAGUAGGGAAUAAGAAAGAAACAAAAAGUUACCAUGAAAUUACAGCAUCCUUGGGGGUAGAUCACCCAUCCGAGAUUUUGUUCGUGACUGACGUCUAUCAAGAAGCUAUAGCUGCAAAGCCAGCAGGUUUGGAAGUGAUAAUAUCUGUCAGGCCAGGGAAUGGACCUCUUCCAGAUAAUCAUGGAUUUAGGACAGUCAAGUCCUUUUCAGAGAUCUAAAGAUGGACUAUGUUGCUCACCCCCCCCCCC